CUAACUCUUCCGAGUUCUGUUUGGUUGUGUAAACUGCGUGGUUGGAAAAUUCCAAUCAUAGGAAAAAUUUUCCAUUCUGACAUUUUUAAAUAACUCGCAUGCGCAGGUAUACCAACCCUGUAGGCUGUAUUUCAAAGUUUUACAAAUUCAAUUGGAGAUUGCGGUAUUUGUGCAACAAAAUGAUCACUUAACUUAUCAAAAACGGAAGAAAUUUAUAUCGGUUAAGUUUAAUAGCCUGGAAAAUAACAGCAGUCAAAAGAGGACAUUUGAUACCCGCCAUUUUGGAACACGUUACACACGUUUCUUCAGUUUUUAGUUUUAAAAGAGAGUAGUGUACAUAUAGUUUUUAGCGAUGUCGAAUGAAGAAACUUCCGCAGACCGUAAUGUAGAAAUAUGGAAAAUCAAGAAGCUGAUAAAAAGCUUGGAAUUAGCGAGAGGGAAUGGCACAAGUAUGAUAUCGCUUAUUAUUCCGCCAAAAGAUCAAAUAUCUAGAGUUAGCAAGAUGUUGGCAGACGAAUUCGGCACUGCUUCCAAUAUCAAGUCUCGAGUAAACCGUCUAUCAGUUUUGGGAGCGAUUACAUCUGUACAACAUAGAUUAAAACUGUAUACGAAAGUACCACCUAACGGUUUGGUUAUUUAUUGUGGUACAAUUGUAACAGACGAAGGAAAAGAAAAGAAAGUGAAUAUCGAUUUCGAACCAUUUAAACCAAUCAAUACCUCUUUGUACUUAUGUGACAAUAAAUUUCAUACAGAAGCUCUCACUGCACUCCUAGCCGACGAUAAUAAAUUCGGAUUUAUUGUUAUGGACGGUAAUGGGGCAUUGUUUGGUACCCUACAAGGCAACACAAGGGAGGUGUUACACAAGUUUACAGUUGAUUUACCAAAAAAGCAUGGAAGAGGUGGUCAAUCUGCUUUACGUUUUGCCCGUUUACGUAUGGAAAAAAGACAUAAUUAUGUGAGGAAAGUGGCCGAAGUCGCGACGCAAUUAUUUAUUUCUAAUGACAAACCAAAUAUUGCCGGUUUAAUUCUUGCGGGUAGUGCGGAUUUUAAGACUGAACUUAGUCAAUCAGAUAUGUUUGAUCCUAGAUUGCAAACAAAAGUCAUUAAAUUAGUAGACGUUUCGUACGGAGGUGAAAAUGGAUUUAAUCAAGCGAUCGAAUUAGCAGCUGAAUCUUUACAAAAUGUUAAGUUUAUACAGGAGAAAAAGUUAAUUGGUAGAUACUUCGAUGAGAUUAGUCAAGACACAGGUAAAUUCUGUUUCGGCGUGGAGGAUACGUUGAAAGGAUUGGAGCUUGGUUCUGUCGAGACCUUAAUAUGUUGGGAAAAUCUUGAUAUUCAAAGAUAUGUGUUAAAAAACCAUGCAACUGGAACUGAAACCGUUCUUCAUCUAACGCCGGAACAAGAAAAGGAUAAAUCACACUUUACAGACAAGGAGAUGCGUUAUCAAAAUAAAAGGACGCUUAAAAGGAUAAGCGCAAUUUUCACUAGUGGAGUGGAAUUAGAAUUAGUGGAGUGUCAACCCCUUUUAGAAUGGUUAGCUAAUAAUUACAAAAACUUUGGUGCCACACUCGAAAUUAUAACGGACAAAUCGCAAGAAGGAUCCCAAUUUGUAAGAGGAUUUGGUGGAAUUGGAGGCAUUCUACGCUACAAAGUGGAUUUUCAGUCACUUCAAGCUGAUGAGCCAUUGGACGAUGUCGACCUUGAUGAUUAUUAAAAGGUCUACACGUCUUAGUGCUCCACCUAUCAUCAGGCCUUUUACGCUACAAGGUGGACUUCCAGAGUAUGCAAUUAGACGACUUUGCUAAUGGAGAGUUUGAUUUGGACGAUUAUUAAGUAAAUUUAUUUAUAAAACCAACAGUGACAGCAUUUGUAGGAAUAGUGACAGCACCAAGUUGUGUGGGUUCGUUGCUCAUUUUUGAUAUAUAGAUUUACAAAUUGUUAUGUGAUAGUAUAAUUUCGUAUUAUCUCAUUAAAAAUCAAUUUUGGAAACCAUAAUUUAUUUUUUACGACGGAUAAGUUAUGUUUGUUAAUUGUAUAUCAAUAAUUAUAUAAAUUUUUACAUGAUGUAUUAUAAUUUAUACAUACUACAGUUUUUAUUGUUUUAAACAUUUUGGUAAUUGUUAGAAGCAUGGUUGUAUAGUUAUGAUGAAUACAAUAUUUGAUUAUACUUGGUGAUAUGUUUUUGUACUGCAAUAUCGAACUCCUCACGACUAUGCUAAUUUCUAUAUGUGCGGAAUAUUUGUGCGCCUUUAAAGUCAUUAUGUAAGUAUUUUUUAAGUUGCAAACCAGUUUUACUGAACAAAACUUGUAACAAUUUUCAAGCCUAUUCCAUCAUUUCCUACGAAUUACAACCAAUAGAUGACAUUAAUUAGACAAACAAUUGAAAUUUGGAGACGCACAAAUUUAAAAAUAUUGACUUAAUCCACUCAAAGACUUGUACCUACCUUCAUUAUUCUAUCUUUCCUAAAUUCUAACAAAAAUAGUAUCAAGAAUAUUACAACGUCCGUCUUGAGGGUGGGUUUUUUUCUCGAAAGCAACAC